AUGGGCGACCCUGUGCUUCAUAAUUCUUACCAGGGCAGUGUGUCAGCCAUCGACAAAGACGCAGACAGCAGCGCUCCAAACCAACUCGACGGAAUCGACGCAGACGGCACUAUCGGCAGGCCAUCCGUGAGUGGUGAACAACCCUUCGAAGACAGCACGCUUGAUCCAGCGCACCCGCGCGAAUGGUACGCCGUCAUCAUCUCUUACUCCGGCAGACUGUACAAGCAACUGCUCGGGCUCAACCCUUUCCAGACCUCAUACCUUGGUCUUUACUUGUUGCUGGAUUCGCAAUGGGACAAGGUCCUAGCCGCCUCAGCAGUACUAUUUGCUAUUGCUGCGGGGUUUCCAUUACCGCUUAUUGGUGUGGUGUUUGGAAAACUCAUCAACAAUUUCCCACCUCCAGAAGAUGAAUUACGGACAAGGAUUGCUCAGCUUCUUGGUAUUGCAGCUGCCUAUUUCACGCUUACGGCGCUAUAUGCCACACUAUUCGGCUUCAUUGGGGAGAAGAUUGCAUUGCGUUCCAGGUUACGGCUUUUCGACUGCUUAUUGCAUCUUGACCAGGCCUACUUGGACACACAUAGCGUUGACUUCAAUGGACUGCUCACAGAGAAGAUUGACUCGAUUCAUGCCGGAACCUCCGAGAAGGCCGGAAUCUUCAUACAAACCCUCUCCUACUUCGUCGCGGCCUUUGUGGUUGGUUUCAUUCUCAGCCCGAAACUUGCUGGCAUUCUACUUGCCGCUGUGUUCCCGCUUUUGGCGCUUACGGUCACAGUAACCUCACGAUAUGGGAAAAGGUUCUCAUGUCGAGCCGCAGAGCAUGCCGAGGCUGCAAACAGCAUUGUGGAGUCCGCGCUGCGGGCUGUGAAAACGGUACAGGCAUUCGCCAUGACGAAUAGUGUCUGCGAAACGCACUCAAACCAUUUACGACGGAAGCUGGAGGCAAGUAUACGUCAUGCCUUGAUUGCAGCGACCCAAGUAGGCGUCAUCUACUUCAUUGUAUACUCGGUCAAUGGGCUUGCGUUCUACCUAGGCAGCAACAUGGCGGCUUCGGGUCAGGAAAGCGGUAACGCCGGCACCGUGUUCGCUGUAGUCUUCCUGAUCCUGGACAGCUCGCUGGUUGUGACACAGUUCGCACCGCUCCUCGUCGUUUUCGCAAACGCCGCUGCUGCACAAGAAACAAUAUGUACGCUUGCAGACGCAUCUACGAAGAAAGAGGCUCCAAGCCUAACCAAGAGUAUCCCUAAUACUAGUCAUGGGAUUGGUGUAUACCUCGAGGACGUUGAGUUUGCAUAUCCGGCGAGGCCCGAUAUCGAUGCCCUUCGCCAUCUGAGUCUCAGCAUCAACCCCGGAACUUUCAACGCUUUUGUAGGACUAUCUGGAGGCGGGAAGUCGACGCUGGUAUCAUUGCUCAGUAGCGUUUACUCCUAUCGCGGCAGUAUUCGCCUUGGUAGUGAGGAGCUUCGCUGUCUGGACAAACAAAAGCUACGAGCGCAAAUGGCUGUCGUAGAACAAGAGAGUGUCCUUUUCUCCGGUACUGUUCACGAUAAUAUCUGCCACGGACUUCGACACCAGGAUCUUUCGGACGCUGAGAAGGCAUGUCGCGUGCAACAGGCGAUUUCGGACGCUAACUUGGACUUCAUUGCCACCCUCCCCAAAGGCGUCGACACGAGUCUUUCGGACGACGUGGAGCUGUCCGGAGGCCAGCGCCAACGCAUUUGCCUUGCUCGAGCGUUAGCGAGAAGACCCGCGUUGCUGGUCCUAGAUGAACCCACAUCCGCACUAGAUGCUUACAGCGAGGGACUCAUCGUGGCAGCGGCUAAGAGAGCUGCUGCUUCUGGCACAACAGUAAUUAUGAUCGCACAUCGACUAUCUACAGUACUUGACGUCGACCAUGUUUUCGUACUCGGAGAAGGUCGGGUCAUAGAGUCCGGUCCGCCCAGCCAGCUCGCUGAAAGCAAAGGUGUCUUCCAUAGUCUCCUGGAAGCUCAGGGUGCCGAUGUUAGCCGCAACGAGGACUCCCACGGGAAAGAAGACGCUCGGUAUGCGAAGAGUCUUGCAUGUAGCACGGCAAGUCUCAGCGACACCGAGAAGGCGGAAGAUGAUUUCACCAAUCCCACCGAGCAGAUACAGGGCAGUCAAUCGAGCCGCUCACACGCUCUCAGAGCCAUGUUAGCCCAUAUGAAGCCGGAGGGAUGGCUCAUUAUGCUCGGCAUACUGGCCUCUUUCAUUAGUGGUGGCUUGUUACUGGGCGAGGCCAUUAUCUUCGGCAACCUUGUUGAGUUGCUGAACCGGUCAUUCACGGCCCCUUCCUUCGAAAAAGAGGCCCACUUCUACUGUCUAAUGUUCUUCGUUGUCGGCUGCAUUGCACUUGUGUCCUGGAUUGGAAGUGGUACAGCUUUCGGUAUAGCUUCCUCCCGAAGCAUUGGCCGCAUGCAGAGACGACUGUUCGGCCAGAUGCUGAGCUUCGAUAUGGCUUGGUUCGCAGAGCCCGGUCGCGGCGUUCACGAUCUUAUGGGUGCGUUCACGAAGGACACCGGCGAUCUGAGCUGCUUGUCUGGCACUGCCCUUGGGACCAUCGUCACGACCACCACGUCCAUGGUUGGUGGCAUGAUCUUGGCUCUGGCGGUAGCCUGGAAGAUUGCUAUCGUCCUCAUGGCCGCUGUGCCUGUUAUGUUGGGCGCAGGGUUCCUUCGCAUACGAAUGCUGGUUUCCGCAGAUACACGUCGUCGGCAAGCAUAUCAAAGCGCAACAUGUCUUGCCGCCGAGGCCUGCACCAAGCGGAAGACAGUGACCCUAUACAGUCUCGAAGGAUACAUGCAACAAGAGUACAGAGCUGCAUUACACCGUCCACUGAAGAAUGCACGCCUGUUCACGGUCUGGUCGAACAUCUUACUAGCUGCGUCCUUCGCUAUCACAUACUUUGUGUACGCACUAGCCUACUGGUGGGGCGCUCGCCUAGUCCGGAACGGCGAGUACACCGAGAAGGCAUUCUUCACCGUCCUGCCUGCGCUGCUCUUCUCCGCUCAAUCUUCGGGUCAGCUUUUCAGCUUGUCGCCGGAGAUUGCUCGUGCAAAAGCUGCCGCUACAAGCGUAUUCAAGCUGCUGAGCUAUGAGCCUCACAUCCUGGCAGAUCAAAAGUCGAGCGGACCUGUUCCAGGAUCUUUCGCUUCCACGUCGUCGCUGAGUCUUGAGGAAAAGACGGGAACCAAUCCGAAGAUAGCAUUCCACGAAGUAUCCUUUACUUACCCAGGCGGCGAUAAACCAGCACUGCGCAGUCUCAGCCUCGACAUACACAAAGGCAGCUUCGUUGGACUUGUCGGGCCGUCUGGCGCAGGAAAGUCAUCCACGCUGACAUUGAUUGAACGCUUCUACGAUCCAAGCAGUGGCGGCAUUGCGGUUGACGGCGUUGAUCUCCGAAACAUGGACGCGCAGCAGCUACGAGACCGUGUCGGAUUGGUAUCACAGGAGCCAGAUUUACUACCAGGCUCCAUAGCUUACAAUAUCCGGCUGGGAGCCACUCAAGACCAACAAGUGUCCGACACAGAGAUAGCGGAAGUGUGUAGGCAGUGCGGGUUACAUGAGUUCAUCACGAGCCUGCCGGAAGCCUACAACACGGAAUGCGGUUCCGGUGCCUCUUCGAAGCUGUCCGGCGGGCAAAAGCAAAGAGUCGCAUUGGCGCGGGCACUCAUACGUGACCCCGAGAUCCUGCUGCUUGACGAAUCAACAUCAGCUUUGGACGCGCAUAGUGAGCAGUUAAUCCAGAGAACGCUGGCCGAAGCAUCCACUGGGCGGACGACGGUAGCUGUGGCACAUCGUCUAGCGACAAUCAAGCACGCCGACAGGAUUUACGUCUUCGAUGAUGGACAAGUGGUCGAGCACGGCACGCAUGCGGAGCUCGUCGAGCUUGGAGGGCUGUACGCGAGCAUGGCAAAAGCGCAGUCUUUGGUAUGA